AGUAAUGAGAACCCAAUGCCAUGUGUGGAGACACCUCUUUAUCUAGCAACCUGCGGAAAUGAGGCAAGUUACCCUUUGGAAAUGUGCUCACACUUUGAUGCUGAUGAAAUUAAAAGGUUAGGAAAAAGAUUUAAGAAGCUUGAUUUGGACAAUUCUGGUUCUUUGAGUGUGGAAGAGUUUAUGUCUUUGCCUGAAUUACAACAGAAUCCUUUAGUACAGCGAGUAAUAGAUAUAUUCGACACAGAUGGGAAUGGAGAAGUAGACUUUAAAGAAUUCAUUGAGGGCGUCUCUCAGUUCAGUGUCAAAGGAGAUAAGGAGCAGAAGUUGAGGUUUGCUUUCCGUAUCUACGACAUGGAUAAAGAUGGCUAUAUUUCCAAUGGGGAGCUCUUCCAGGUUUUGAAGAUGAUGGUGGGGAACAACCUGAAAGACACACAAUUACAGCAAAUUGUAGACAAAACUAUAAUAAAUGCAGAUAAGGAUGGAGAUGGAAGAAUAUCCUUUGAAGAAUUUUGUGCUGUUGUAGGUGGCCUAGAUAUCCACAAAAAGAUGGUGGUAGAUGUGUGACUCUUUGAAGAGUACCACCCAACACUUUUGCUUUCUUCUCCAUCUCUGAAGAUCUGCUCAAGACGUCCAGCAAUGCUCUCUGUGUAUUUAAAUGGAAGUAUUUUUCUCUGUGAAGCCACAUUUUCCAACAUGAGCCUCAUGAAGCCAACUAAGUGUUAUUGAACUCUUCUUCUCUCAAUAACUCAGUGUAGCACUUUAAAGUCUGAAGGACAGCAACAUGAAAAGAGCAUAUCAAUGUGGUGGAGAAAGGGAAGGGGUUGGCUUUUUAAUUUAUUUUUCUUCAUCUUUUAUAACAAGAAAGUAUCUAUAUAUACAUAUGUAAAUAUUUAUAUAUAGAUAUAUGUAGCUUUCUAUAUAUGUAGUAGGUUGGCUUUAAUUUAAUAUACUUGAUUCAGAAACAAAACGAUAGAGUACAAAAGUGCCAAGCAGAACAUAAAACAUCCUUACUUUUAUUUCACACAGUUUUAUAUGUAGAUAGAAGAUUGUACAAUUUGAACUGGGUGUUAGGCCAGCUAUUUACCUGUGCUUUCUCCUUUGAGAGAUUGACAAAGCAUUUGUUAAUGUCCUAUUAUUUACCUUAAUUACAUUUUUGUAACAAAGGAGUCUGUAACUUUAUUUAUACCUAUGAAUAUAUUUCCUGGGACUGUGUCUCAUUGCUGAGCAGCUUUUAAUCCAUCUGUGGCUGAGGAGAAAGUAUAGUUCAGUGCUGCUGCCAAGAGCUAGUUCUUGUAUUCGUAUGUAACUAGCUAGUUCUUGUAUCCUUAUGCACAGUGCUAUGGCCGCUUCUUUCUGUUACUUUGUAACUAGGAGGCAUUGCAUUUAGUAAAUGUCCCUGAGUAAUUGUAAUCACCAGUUGUGGUUUUAUGCAUAAAGGCCAGAGCGUCUGAGGCAAUCAUGAUUUCUCUUAUGCAUUACUUAAUGAAGAAAACCUGAAGUAAUCAUGUAACUGCUUAGCAUAUCCAUUUGUUCCAUUAUACAUGGGUAAAUAAUUUGUCAUUAAACUGGUAUUUGACCCAUAAAUUUUUCUUACGUGUUUCAAAAGAUUUCCAGCUAAUCUAAAAAGCUGGUGAUACUUAUAUAUUCAAAUGCCCUCCUGUAUUUGUGAUUUAAAUGGGAGAAAUAUUGCUAAUAUUGCCACAGAAGAGCAAAAUUUCAUCCAAACUUACACUUUAAUUCCUUUGUCACAAGGCGUAGAGGGUGCGUGAUUUUUUUUGUUUGCCCAUAUAAUUGGUGACAAGUGAUAACUGAAUAAAUUUGUGUGAUAUAAAAGUAGUGUAUCAUGUUCCACCACUUGAUGUUAUCCCUUCCCUUUUCUGCAAAGGUACUAUUGGCUGGAAGAAAACAUUUUGGUCAGCUUCAUGUGACAGUAGUCUUUCCCUAUACAGUUUUUCUAUAAAAACUGGUUUUGCAAUCAUGAGUGGUUAAAGGGCAGGUCGAAUCACAGUGAAUGAAACUUAAAUUGAGCACACCUGCCUGCUAUCGCUGUUCCUUCAACUGAGUGCUGCACAUCAUGGGCUCUGUCUGUGAGAGAAAAAUCCCGGUGCUUGGUGUCCUUGCAUGACAUGGAGUUUUGCAUGUAGAUCGAUUUAAAAUGUACCUCUUGUUUACAUAAUUUGCAUAAUUUUAAAAGAUAAUGUUGCCAAACUUUGGAAAUGUUAAUGUUCAAACUGAAAAUCUCCACUACAUGUAACUUUCUUCCUCUGGAUCAGUACGUGGCUUACAAUCCCGGCCAGUGGUUUGAUCUGUUCCAGUGUCAACUGCCAUGUGCUCUGCUUCAAGGGGGAACUAGUCUUUUGUGAAUUUUUUGUACAUAAUUGUUACAAAUAUUUUAGCAAAUGCUUUCUAUUUCUCUUGCUUGUGCAUAUCUUGGCUGGCGUUACAGAAAAAUAGUGCAAACAUUAUUUCCUUACUGGGGAAUGAGGGUUUUUCUUUCUUUUUUUUCUUCUUCUCUUUUUCCCCUUUUUUAGUUGGUGUGUAGGGGUGGGUAGGGAGGGAUGGUUUAUGUUGAAUGUUUAGUUUUUCUUCUGCAUGAUACGUCAUGUUGUGGGAUCUUUAGAAAACUUCAUACUGUAUGAAUAAGAAAAUAAAAUAUUUGAAACUUGCUUGAAUGUA